CUGGUGAUGCUGGUGGUGGUGUGAGCCUGCCGCUUGCUCGUCAACAUCCCUUCACGCACGUCGCUUUCAGCGCUGUUCUCUUCCACUCUCUCUCUCUCUCGCUGUCUGUGGCCGUGCUUGUGAAUGUCACGUGCUGGUUUAUUAUGCCUGCGUGCUGUUUAGCCGAUUGCACCGCUGCCACGUCCGUUUGGAACUGUGAUUGAUCGUCGAGCGCGCACUGGACACACCGUGGUGAUGGCGGUCAGGUGACGUGGCCCACCACGAUUCCACAGUGUGGAGGCUCCUCCCAGUCUCCUGUCAACAUCGACAGUCGAUUGGCCAACGUGGACAACACCCUGCAACCCAUCGUUCUCCACGGAUUUGAAAGUCUCAAUGCCGCCUAUAGGAUGAGAAACAAUGGGCACACAGUCAAGGUGUACUUGCCCGAGUCUAUGAGCGUCACCACCGGGCUCCCGUCCGAGCACACGGCCUCCCAGCUGCACCUGCACUGGGGCGCGCGCGACGAGGAGCCUGGCGGCUCGGAGCACACGGUGGAUGAGCAGCGUUAUGACGCCGAGAUGCACGUGGUACUUUACAACUCGGAGAGCUAUGCGAGUGUGGCCGAGGCUUUGGGAAAGCCCCAAGGGCUGGCUGUGCUUGGUGUCCUGCUGCAGGUCGGCUCACAGGAGCACCCGGCCUUCCAGAAGAUUGUCGAUGGACUUAAGAAUAUCAAGUACAGCAAUCAGGCUACGGACGUGGGCCCCUUCGAGGUGCGAUCGCUGCUGCCCCCCGACCUGGGACGAUACUUUCGCUAUGACGGCUCCCUCACGACGCCUCCUUGCACCGAGGGCGUCAGCUGGAUCGUCUUCAACCAGACCGUCAGAGUCGGCGUCCAGCAGCUGGAGGCCCUCCGGACGGGCAUAAUGAGCACCCAGCAGAACGACAGCCAGCAGGAGCUCCUGGACGCCAACUACCGCCUGGUACAGGCGCUGAACAGGCGCUCCGUGCGCGCGUCGUUUAGAACGUCCAUCGCCGUGCGCGGCAAGCCGGGCACAGACGAAGCCGCUCCGUGCCAGCAGCCGCUGGAGCGCGGCGGCGAGCGUGGUGAGCGGCGCUGGGGGUUCGACGGCGCGAGGGGCGUGUGCGUGCCCUUCCUGCGUGAGGGCCAGGCCGGCAACGCCAACAGCUUCCCCGACGUGGUGGAGUGCUCACGCUCAUGCCUGCCCAAUGGAGCCACGCUAUUCCCUGAGAGAGACUUGGCGUGCAAGCUGCCUGCCGAUUCGGGGCCUUGCGAGGAGUCCACCUACCGGAUCCAUUUCAACGCCAGCAAUGGGCUCUGCGAGUCCUUCCCGUACUCGGGAUGCGGUGGCAAUGGCAACUCGUUCCCCAGCACGCAGGCAUGCCAACGCCUGUGCGGUGCCCGGGCCAUCACGCGCCAAACCUCGAACAAUGCCGCUUCAGAGCCAGCGUGCGAAUGUGCGGGAAACACAACGGCGAUCAUUCUGGGUCUGCUUCUGGCCGUGACUGUGCUGACAUUCUUCAUCUACUUCUACCGGCAGCAAAAGAGGAAACAGAAGGCAGCCACGGAAAACGCAGCCAUGUACACACCGGCCACGACCAAGGAAACCAUCUAAACUUGCCAGAAGUCUCCUCCAAUUGUCAGAAACACAGCUCAAAAUCUCCUCAUUCGUGCGUUUUGGAGUAUCUGCUGCCCUCUUUGAUGCAGCAGGAAAUGGUUGAGUGUCUCUACUGAAUUAAUAGGCGACGUGGUCGUAUUUUUCGUUGCCGUUAAUUUAAUGUAUGAGAUGUGGUUAAGGGACCUUAUGUCUUCGCAGCCUUGAUGUUAUCGUUGUGACGCGCUCGAUCGAGUGACACAGUUUAUGAAGCCCAAUUAGACAAGUUGUCACUAAGGUUUCACACUCACGGGUUUGCCAUUUCCUAAACACAAAAGUUGUCUAAUAGCAAUAACUGUUGUGCAACUGUGAUCACGCUUUUAUGA